AUGCCUUCAACCAUGCCCUCAACUCUAUACCAUCCAGAGCUUGGCCCACUUCAAGGUUACACCACACCAUCAAAAAAGACAACUGAAUAUCGCAACAUCAAAUAUGCUUCCAUAUCAUCACGCUUUCAAGAUCCUCUUCUACUUUCUUAUGCUCCAUCAUCCACAAAUCAGAUUCCCAAAAACUGUACCACGUUUGGUCCCUCGUGUCCCCAACAUCCUGCUGGCUUCACAUAUGACGUGAAUCUCAUUGGCGAAGUCCCUGAAAUGCGACAGGAAAUGAAUCGAAGAAAAUCUGAUAGUUUAUCGGUUGGUUCAAGUGAAAAUGACGAGUUGGAAUGUUUAAAUCUGGUUGUCGCCGUACCCGAAGGAAAUUUCGAGGGGUCAUUGCCUGUGGUAGUCUGGGUACACGGUGGCGGGUUCUCUGUAGGAGGCAAUUCGUGGCCUCAAUACGAUCUCUCUAAUCUGGUCUCGGAGUCUGUGGGAAUUGGUAAACCUGUUAUUGCCGUGUCUAUAAAUUACCGUGUCGGUCUUUUCGGCUUCCUAGCAUCGUCAGAGUUAGGUCUUUCUGGUAAUCUAGGUUUAAAAGAUCAAAUCUGUGCUUUCAAGUGGAUUUGGAAGUAUAUCUCUGGGCUCGGAGGUGAUCCCGAGAGGGUCUCUGCGAUUGGAGAAAGUGCGGGAAGUAUAUGUCUAAGCACACUCCUUCACAUCAAUCACUCUGAACCCUUAUUCUCUAAAGCAAUCCUCAUGUCUGGAGAUCCCACGCUCCGAAGACCACGAGAUAUGAAAUGGCAAGACUCACACUACCAAUCUAUCAUCACAGCACUUGGGCUCCAGAAUUUGACACCCAAAGAGAGGAUCGAGGAAAUGUUAACCAUGCACCCAAACGAAAUAGUCGACAAAUUACCAGCAUUCAUGCACUGGUCCCCAACCAUCGACAACACCCUUAUCACAGACGAAAUUACAGUUGGGAAUCUCCUCGAUCCGAAUCAUAGACGUGGAAAACCGGAGUGGUGUAAAAAGGUCAUCGUCGGUUCUGCAGCUCAUGAUGGCACAUGUUUACAUACCCGUCUCCUCGCCCUUCCUCUAGCCGAUCUCCUAGCUAGAAUUCACACCUCCCUCGCUCAAACAUUCGCACCGAACCCGAAUACCAUCUCGCUAAAUGCAACCACGCACGAUCCAAUCCUUCGUAUUCUAGAGGCAUACUCCCUGCCACUCCCAAAUCAUGUCGGUGAAUUGAAUGCUCAGGAGAUCUACAAAAACGCGCUGGACUUGAUCAGUGAUCUACGGUUUAAUCUCCCAAGUCGUGCGAUGCGCCGGGGUUUCGCGGAGAGGGGAGGACGGUAUGAAUUUCACCAGCAAAAUCCAACGACAAACUCGUUAUUCACAGGUAUGGCUAGUCAUGAACUUGAGAUAUCGUUCUUAUUCCAGAAUUACGCACAUUUCCUUGUCACGCCUGAAGCGAGGACGUUUGUGAGGGGGAUGAGUGAGGUGGUUUUGGGGUUUGUGUAUGACGAGCCUCCUGCAACUGUGGCGCAAGAAGACGAGAGUAGUGAAGGUGAUAGGGAGCGGAGGGAGAAGGAGAAGGAGAAGGAAAUUAUAGUAUUCGGGCCAGAUUACAAAAUCAAGCGGGUGGAAGAGCAGGAGUAUGAUCGUCUCUACCGAGGGUGCAGAGGUGCGUUGUGGGAUAGUAUUGGAUGGGAAAGGUGGUUCGAGUUGGGGGAAAGGGUUCAGGGCUGUAUUUGA